AUGUCCAACAGAAAUACAAAAUCUAAGAGUCCUAAUAUUUAGAAACCAUAAAAUUUUGAUAAAGAUCUAAUGAAAUAUCAUAUUUUAUAAAAGAUAACAAAACCUUCAGCAUCUAUUUAAAUGUUAACUAAAACAUAACCUGAUGAAAAUUCAGAGGUUGAUGAUUUUAAAUAAGAAAUUGAAAUCAAGUAUUCUAUAAUACAUAAACAUAUUUCUAGAUUUAAGAAAUGUAAAAUCAAUCACUUAUUCAAGUUUCCAAAAGAAGAUUAUCAAUCUUCAUCAGAUAAUUCUCUAUCAUCUCUUAAAGAUGUGACUCUUUAUGAGUUAAACUAGAAUAAUAUAUAACAUCUAACAGAUGCAACUUAACCAUAAUUCAUCAAAUUACUUAAUGAAAGAUUAAUAAAAUUAACAGAUUAAAUUGAAGAUGAUAACCUUUCCAUUCAAAAACCAAUCCCAAAUCCUAAAUCUUCAAGGUUGAUCUCAUAAUAAAUAUCAAGAUUAUAGAAAGUACGUUGUCAAAAUCUAUCCAACUCUUCUUUAACUAAAUAGAUUGAUUAAACAGUUAUUAGUCAAGGACGUGAAAGUGUGAUAAAUAAAUAAAAUUCUAAUCUAGGCUUCAGAGCUACACCAACAUUAUCAUCUGAAAAGAAGAAUUAAUCUAAACAUAUUCAACAAAUAUUGAAAAUUGUACAAUAAAAGUAGUUAAAUAACAAUAUAAAGUAAUUAAAAUUUGAUUAACUUAGUGAUGCAUUCUAUAAAAGAACUGUAUAAGGGAACAAUAAUUACAUUAACAAUAAUACAUAUAAUAGUGAUAAAAGAAAUAUAGAAAAUAUUAGAAUUAAAACAGAUUAUGAUGAAUAAGAUGGAAAUUUAAAUUAAUUUCACAUACUUCCAAAAUCAAGGUAUAUAUUAAUUUUAUUGUUCUCUCCUUAUAAGACCUAAAAAUAGAGACUCCAAUAGUAAAUUAAAAAAGUAAGACAUAUCUUAAGGUCAUAAAAUGUUAAAUUACACUAUAGAUAGUCAUAUUUUAGAAUAAUUAAGAGGAACAAGAAAUACUAAAAGUUAAAACAAAAAUUAUAAAAAUUGA